UCCUAUCCACAACACACCCACAUCCACGUUGGUUCAAACAAACUAUACUUCAUAUUCAUCAAUACAAACAAAUUUAGCAACACUUUUCCGAAUAUUCCCCCUCUAUAUAUAGCCUACAAUACAUAUAUAACAUUACAUCUUACUACUACUUAUCAUCACUUUUUCUUUUCUCAUUCUAACAGAAAAUGAUUCAAGUUCCUGUAACGCACAAAAUUAACCAUCUUCUCAAUUUUCUUCAUUCUCAUCAAUCUUCUUCCAUACUUCUCAAUCUCUGCAAAUCAUGUGUUCUUUUUCUUGCUCUAUUCGCCACCUUUCACACCAUUUUCAUCCUCAAAUUCCGCAAAAGAACUCCUUCUAUCUCCCCUCUCGUCGCCGAGUAUGAUUACACUGAUGACGAAGACGAUGAGACAUGUUCGUUAUCGUCCACGUCAUCGGAGUCUGAAGACGGCGAUGAAUAAGAGAUAGAAGAAGAAAAUAUACAGGAUGAGUAUUUCCGAUUUAGAGGCUCUGACGAGGGAUUUCUAAGUAGUUGUCGUAGCAUCGGGGAUAUGUUCUCGCUUUCGGAGAUUACGAAUAGUAAAAGCGUUGUGAAGCUUUGGGAUUCCCUAGGGUUUGGGUUAGGGUUUGGAUUAGACGAUUGUGAUUCAUCUUACGACGGAGGUAUCGUGGCGGCUUACAGCGCUGACGAGAAGCUGAGUGCGUCGUCGUCGGAGGUUACGGAUUCUUCCGGAGAAAAUUCGUCGGGGAAUAUGGCAUUGAGGAUAUGGGACACGAGGGUCCGGCGAAGGAUACCGGCGAUGAUCGGAGAAUGGGUGCCCGGUAUCGGAAAGGCUGUUGGAAUUGUUUCCGGUGGCGAGCAGAAGGUUUACGUGAGAGAUGACGGGCGUUAUGAGUUAACGGUUGGUGAUAUGAGGAAUGUGAUGUCGCCGUUAGAAAAUGUAACGGAAUCACAACUAGAUUUGUGGUGGCCUAAUUCCUACAUGCUUAAAAUUUAAUUCGCUGGAAGGAAGGAUGGGAAUUUUUAAAGAUCCAGAGUUUAAUUUGUAAUUGUGGAUAUUGGAAUAUAAUAGGAUCAAGUGAUAUUCUUUUUUU